CUCUUCAAAGCUUUGAGCCCAUCGAUCCUGCAGGGAUGCUUUCCUCAAUCAAACUGGGACUGCGGCCCGCUGUAUGAACCAAACGAGUGCUUGCUAUGUCGCUCAGCUUUACAACCGAGAGGCAGGUGGCCGUCGCUGCCGUACGAAGGGCGUGCGGCCUUACGGCGUCCGUAUUCAACAAACUCGUGAAGAACGAGACGCUUACGAAGGGAGACAAAUCGCCUGUGACGGUGGGCGAUUUUGCGGCGCAAGCCGUCGUCAAUGUCAUGCUCGGCAGGGCUUUUCCCGGCGACGCUAUCGUCGGCGAGGAGGACGCGGCCGAUCUGCGGGGCGAAGACGCGACGUCCAUGCGCACCCGCAUCGUUGAACUCGCCAACGAAGCUCUCGCGGGCGAAUUGGGACUAGGCGAUAUGGCAGAAUGGGGCAUCGGACCCGGUCAAGAGUUGCCGGCCGAGGCAUUGUUGGAGGCGAUAGACAGAGGGACUCACGCUGGAGGACGCACCGGGCGCUUCUGGACCCUGGACCCUAUCGACGGCACGAAGGGUUUCCUCCGCGGAGAGCAGUACGCCGUGUGCCUCUCUCUCAUCGUGGAUUCUCAAGUCCAGUUGGGUGUCAUCGGAUGCCCGAACUUACCCCAGCACGCAUCUUCGCCUGAGGGUCCUCGGGGGUGCUUGUUCGUCGCCGUGCGCGGCCAAGGAGCACAACAACUCUCCCUCUCAGGCGCACACCCGACGCCCAUUGCGAUCCCGGACUUCGCCCCCGAAGAAGUGAACUUUCUCGAAUCCGUCGAGGCCGCACAUUCGUCGCACUCGUUCAAUGACGCCGUUGCUAAGAUUAUGAACGUCACGCGCGCGCCUACACGCAUGGACAGCCAAGCCAAAUACUGCGCCCUCGCUCGGGGCGACGGGGCCGUGUAUCUCAGGAUGCCGACCGGCGUCGGGUACAAGGAGAAGAUCUGGGAUCACGCCCCUGGUUCUAUCUUGAUCGAAGAAGCGGGCGGUAUCAUUACUGACUCGCGUGGGCAACCUCUCGACUUCGGACUCGGGAGAACGCUCGGCGAGAACUACGGUGUGGUCGCCGCCGGCAAGUCCACUCACGCCGCCGUCAUCGAUGCUAUCAGGAAGGCGAAGGAGCAAGAGGCCAAAGGGCAUAUGUGACAGUCGGCGCCUAGCGGACAUUACCAUUCGCCGAAACCUGCACAUACGUACUUCGUUGCACAAUAAGCCCUCAGGCUGGACAGUCGCCUCACAGAUGUCAAGACCUGCAAUGGAAGCAGUUGUAAACUUUGUACAUGUAUGACGUUACACAUUACAUUCGAACUCGAAAACCGCAUAGCAAUCUGAACAGAUCUGGGGUCGAGGCGGGGGGUUCGGCGCGCUAGGAGGCUACAUUCGUCGGCGAUAGCAUACUUGAAAUACUAAUGGUACAAGCUACGUACGGCAUACCAAGAGCCCAAGAGGGAAAGGGACGGGAGACAUGGGAUGUCGAAUCCUAUAUCACGGGGGCAGCAUAACAGGGUCCUGUCGAAGAGUUGGAAUCGAAGGCGAAGAGUAUGAUACAUUGGAUAACUUCGUUGUGGGAUCGUUACGUGGCCUCGACACCGCGACUAUCGCUGACGUCGUCGCUGGCACGAGGCAGGGCCUGAACGGGGAGCGUCGCAGGCUGGGUUGGCGGGAACCCGGCAUACUGGUGCUGCCACGUGUAGCCGGGAUAUUGAGGAAAGUACGGAUAAGCGCCGCCAGGGGCGGGCGGUCCUUCGCCGUAGCCGUGAUACGAGCCAUGCGACCCUGAGGCAUGCGAUGACCCCGGAUAAGAGGAUGACGCAGAGGCUGGUGAGGUCGGAGAAACCGACGAGGCUGGCGGUGGGGCAGACAAGGGGUAUGCGUAGGUGCCCGAGCCGGUGGUAGAUGGCGGCCCUUGCUCGGACGACGAGAUGGUGUACGCCGGGUAGUAGCUCGGAUACGACGCGUACUGAGGUUGGGGGCUCAGUUCCGGGUAUGGCGAGACAGGCGACUCGGACGAUGGGCUGUGAGUAGAGUCCUCGGGUGACGACGGCCCUCCACCGAUCGAGUUCUUCUUGCGCGAUCGCUUGGUGGUGGUGGAGCCCGGGCUGUUGUAAGGGUCGUAUCGCUUGGCGCGCUUGCUUGCGUUUGGGCUCGUGGCCUCGCCGGAGUCGGUGGAGAUGGGGACCUCGGUCAAGAUUGGAAGCCGAGUGUUGGACAAAGACGCCGGGACGAGGCGGGGCGAGGUAUCUGCGCCAUCGUCCGACUCGCCGCAAUAUCGCGGGAUGCCGUCGACGCCGAUCUCGACCUUGGGAGGAUUCCGGAAAUGGGUCUUGUCCAAAUAUUCCGGGCUGAUCUCGAGGGACGAUAGCUCUGGGAUCGACGAGGGGGUCCGGAGUCGUCCGGACUCCACGUCUUCGACCUUGUAGUACGAGAUUAGAUGUUGCGAGACUCCGCCGAUGGUCAAGGAGAACGUCUGCAACGAUUGAAUGUGAGCAUAUGCAGCGUGAGAACUUCAGCAGUGGUUCGAGACAUCAACCGGGAGAAACGGCAAACGGAAGAGCAGAUACGGCGGCGACAUCCAGCACCAUCGCGAGCGCUUCAGGAGACCUUCUUACAUGUCGCAGACGGAGGGAUCAGAAGGGCGAGUGUCCGGGCAAGGGGGCGAAAACCUUGGAUUGACAGAGGUUUCAACCACAAGGAGUUCGCAAGUACCAUGACACGGAGUAUCCAAACAUAGGGUGAUAGAACCUAAUUUACUCACCUUCUUCAUGAGCCCAUUGGGUUUGAAUUUGUAGCUGUUCGUGAGGCUGCCCACGAGAACUCGCUCUCGUUGACGGUCGACUCCCAUACGUGUCGAGUCUCCCUUCGGCCUGCUCAGCGACUGGGGGUCGGCAUCGGGCGCAUCUGCGACCGGUUCGGGCUCCGUCGGUUGUGGUUCUGCGCGACGAUGGCCGGCGCCUCGCUUAUCGGUCUCGCGAUAGAGCAAAAAGUUGCCCAGGAUCCUGCUGGGGCUCCAGAAGAGCCCGUCGGUCCAGCGCUUGAUGCCGCUUUCGUCCUCGUCGAACACGAACACGGACCCGGAGGUGAUCAUCUUCCGCUCCGAGUCGACGAGCCGCCUGGUGACUCUGGGGAUGACGCCGCGACGGGCGGCCUCGAGGAUGAGGAGGGCGUCGCCCGUGGUUUCGAUCCAGCCGCUCCAGGGAGGUUCGGUCCAGCCGCUUGCGGGUUGCUGGCUGCCGGUAGACAUGCUGAGCUGGCGGCCAUCGGGUCGGGAUCCAUGGGGGUAUUGGUUGCGGUCCAAGGGGGUGGGUCCGGUAGGCGAAGCCCGUGAUGGACGUCACCGACGACCACGAGAUCGGGGCAGGGCAGAUUGCAAGGAACAGAGAAGAGGAGAUGAAGUUUAGACGAG